UUAUGCGUUUAGAGAAGAGUAUAGGAUACAAAUUUGAGAAAUGGAAUGGCGCAAUGACCAGUGCUUACGUUUAUGACACAGUAAUGGAGAAAGAAGCAAUCGCCAGCAAACACUGAAUCUCCUAUCUCUAAGGAUAAACAGUAAGAACAUUUUUCUGUCCUAUUUUCCAUCUAAUUAGGGUUUUCACGCUCUUCCUUCUUCUAGAUCUAAUACUUCUUACAACCUAUUUAGAAUUUAGAACAAUGAACAACAAUAAUCCGCCAAAAAAUGCUUCAACGCCGUCGUUUUUCACCAACCCGGCUGCACCGUCAAUCCCCAUGAACCACCCAUCACCCCACCUUCUCUCACAGACGCAGCCUCAACCGCAAGCUGGUGCCUCUCACUUCCAUGGCCAUUUUCAGCUCUCGCAACCGCAAAUCCACGUCCUCGCACAGCCACACCCUGUUCCUCCCCCACAGGUGCAUAACAAUUCCAAUACCAAUGCCAACGUUGCAACACCUGCGCCUCCCAAGCGUGCAAAUCACAAACCCCCUUCACGCCCUCCAGGUUCCUCCAACGCCACCCAAUCCUCUGCCUUCAAGACCAUGGAACUUACCGUGGCGCCUCCUCGGAAAAAGAGAAGCUUUCCCGAUAAGCUCAUUCCCGACAAGGUGGCCAAGCUUGUGCCCGAGUCUGCUAUUUAUGCCAAGUUGCUUGAACUUGAGACCCACGUAGAUUCUGUUUUGGUUAGGAAGAAAAUUGAUGUGCAGGAGAAUUUGAGAAACCCUCGCUGUGUUAGGAGAACGCUUAGGAUUUAUGUGUAUAAUACAUUUUCGAAACAGGUGAAAGUGGAACCUGGGAAGAUUGAUGUGGAGGAGCUUUCUUGGGUUCUCAGGAUGACCGGAAGGGUGUUGGAAGAUGGUAAGGAUCCUGUGGCAGAUGGAGUUUUGCCUAAAGAAAAUCCAAGAUUCUCGGCUUUCUUCAAGAAGAUUACCAUUUACUUGGAUCAGGGUUUCUAUCCGGAUAACCAUGUUGUUGUGUGGGAUAGUGCCCGUUCGACUGCGCAGCGCGAUGGUUUUGAGGUGAAGAGGAAAGGAGAUAAGGAAUUCACGGCGGUUGUUAGAAUGUCAAUGAAUUAUUCGCCUGACAAAUUUAUGGUAUCGGCUCAGCUGGCUAGAGUGUUAGGGGUUGAGUUUGACUCCCGCUCUAGGAUCAUUGCUGCUCUUUGGCACUAUGUGAAGGCUAAGAAGUUGCAGAGUCCCAAUGACCCUUCGUUCUUCAUGUGUGAUGCUUCUCUCCAAAGGGUGUUUGGGGAGGAGAAGAUGAAAUUUUCGGUGGCUUCGCAGAAGAUAUCACAGCAUUUGUCACCUCCGCAGCCUAUACACCUGGAGCAUAAAAUCAAGCUUUCGGGAAAUUGUCCAGCCGGAGCUACGUGUUACGAUGUGCAGGUUGAUGUGCCUCUUCCACUAGAGAAGGAUAUGUCUUCAUUCUUGGAAAGCACUGAGAAGCACAAAGAGAUUGAUGCUUUUGAUAAACUGAUAUCUGAUUCCAUAAAGAAGAUCCAUGAACAUCAUAGGAGACGGGCAUUCUUUCUCGGCUUUAGUCAGUCCCCAGCGGAGUUUAUUAAUGCUUUGAUAGCUUCUCAAAGCAAGGAUCUGAAGCUUAUUGCUGGAGAUGUGAGCCAUAGUGUUGAGAAUGAACGGCGUUCUGAAUUCUACAAUCAACCAUGGGUUGAGGAUGCUGUCGUUCGCUACCUGACCAGGAAAAAUGCUCGAAGUGAUGCUCCUGGAAACAUCUGAGAAAUUGUGAAAUAGCUUAUUUUUUGGUGGUGGAGUAGUUUAGUUUUCUGACACCACCUCGAGGUCUUGACCCAACACUGCUAAACUUUCUAUUCCAUGCUUCAUUUAUGUUUUGGAGUAGAGUACUAGCAGAGUAUAUUGACUCAAGAAUUGUGAUCCCUAGCUCAUUUUGGGAGUCCCAGAGCAGUUUCUGUAUCUAUUGGUUCUCAUAUGCUCCUCUCGCCCAUUCUAGUUUGGUAAAUUGAGCCAAGAUCAAUGAGCUAACAACUAAUGUAUGUAGCUCCAAUAUCUUCAAAAUGGUAUAUAUGUUUAAGUGUUAUGGACUAGAUAUCUACCUUGUACUUUUUUUCCAGGCAUGCAGUUCGGAAUGCAAGGCUACAUUUUACUGUAUUUACCUAAUUAUAGAUUUAUCAAUUCGUUGUUUGAAGCACAUAAGUUCAUGGCUCUAUCUGAUAGUUUGAAGUAAUUCAUGGCUUGGAGAUGGACGAGUUAACAAUUA